AUGCUGUGCUACUUGAAGUAUGCCGCUGUUGGCUUGGCCACUGCGACUCUAGUCUCAGCCCAGACGUUCAGCGACUGCAAUCCAAUGAAAGAAACUUGCCCUCCCAAUCCUGGCACAACCGAGUCGAGACAUACUUUCGACUUCACUAAGAGCUCGGGACUAGAUCAGUGGACCACUACUGCCGGCAAGGUCACGACUGGCUCAAACGGCGCCGAGUUUACUGUCGCCAAGCAAGGUGAUGCUCCCACCAUUCAGACCAACUUCUAUAUCUUUUUCGGCGAAUUAUCGGUCACCAUGAAAGCGGCCCCAGGCACUGGCAUCGUCAGCAGUAUUGUGCUUCAGUCGGAUGAUCUCGACGAGAUUGACUGGGAAGCCGUUGGAGGCGACGCGACCGAAGUCCAGACAAACUACUUCGGAAAAGGAGAUACCACUACAUACGAUCGCGCGACCUGGGAGCCUGUUUCGACACCACAAGAUGUAUUCCACACCUACAAGGUAGUCUGGACUAAGGAGGCUACCACCUGGUCUGUGGAUGGAAAGGUCAUCCGCACGCUAUCUUUCGAUGAGGCGCAAACCGGCACCAGAUAUCCCCAGACCCCCAUGAACGUGCGCAUCGGCGUUUGGGCCGGCGGCGACCCAAGCAAUGAAGAGGGUACGAUCCAAUGGGCUGGCGGCGAGACCGACUACAGCAAAGCCCCCUUCACCAUGUAUAUCAAGGAAGUCACCAUCGUCAACUACAACCCUGCUGAGUCUUACACCUGGUCUGACCAGAGCGGUUCCCAUGAGAGCAUCAAGUUCACUGGUUCUACUAACUCGACUUCUUCGGCUCCCACCAAGCCUUCGGUUGUCGGAAGCCUUAUCACACCUACUAGCACAGCCAGACCUUUAAGCUCUGGCUCGGUUUCUCACCCCAGUGCACCCACCUCUUCUCCGGUUUUCAACGCAGCUUCAAACUUGAGCGCUGGUAGCUUCGGUUUCUUGUCCGUCCUUGCGAUUGUCUCAGGGUUUCUUUUCUUGUAG